AUGACAGUCAACUCACGCAAAAGCUUAGAAGUGGGUUUUGAGGUCUUUCAUUUGCUCGAAGUGAUCGAGCCUGUUUUGCCCAUAGGCAAUCUAGACGACCGCGUGGGUCUACGGAUCACAUACUGCACUUUUUUUUUCAGCGGAGCAAGCUCCAUUGCCAUGUGGAGCUGCACCACACUGGAUUUGUCUAUUUUUGACGACAAAUACCCGGAAGAUCGUGUGAAUUUUGUCUUCCCCAUCGUCAGCAUGUCCACGCUACUGAUUAUUAAUUUGUACAUGAUUAUGGCGGGACGGCAACUAUCAAUGGGAGCUAGGAUGUAUGGAUCCCUUGCCAUAUAUGCAUUUUUCAUGGUGUUGCUCCCGCUGGUCAACAUGAUCACACUGCCUCAUGAUGUGGGAUACCCGUUGACGUUGCUGGCACUCAUGGGCUCGACAGUUUCGUCUUCAAUUAUGCAGUCGUCUAUGUACGGGUUGGGAGGAGUUUUUGGCCCCAUUUUCAUCCAGGCCAUUGAAAGCGGUAAAGGUUGCGGUGCGAUUUUGCUUCUCAUAGUGAGACUGUUCCUUAAGUGGUUCUUGGAAGAUAAUGUUGGUGACAAAUUUUACCAUUUUCAGCUCAGUAAAUUGACGGUGGGGGUCAUUUUUGGUGUGGCGCUACUCAUUGUGAUUGUCACGUGGGUACUGUUUUGGACUUUGCUUCGUACAAAGUUUGCACAGCCAUUGCUGACAAAAUACGCACUGGUGCAGCAUGAGACGCCAUUAACUCAAGCACUGUCACCACUCACCAGUCCUUUAAGCCCAGUCAGACGACCACAUGCGUUCUUCAGGGUGGAUGAAGGAAGUCCUUUAUUAGCAAAUGACUUUCAUACAUGCAGUGAUGGAACGUUUAUAGAGUUUGAAAAUGAUGAGGAAGAUGAGGAAGAUGCUGGUGGGAUGGAAGGUAAAUCGGAGGAGCACGUCGCUGCUGCAUCAAUCAUGAACGUGAUUCGCACCGCGCUAAAGCCUUUCUUUUCGCUGUUUUUUUCCUACUUUGUCUGCCUUUCAUGUUUUCCCGGCAUCAUCUCGAUUAUUCCAUCCGUAACGCUUAAUUUGGGCGACUGGUAUCCCAUUGUGCUGGUCGGGUGCUAUAAUUUGGGUGACCUCUUUGGAAAGAUCCUACCCGUGUAUGUGCUGUAUUUCGACAUGCCAAAUAUUCAUCUUUCAUGGCCAUUCCAGCUGUCUUUUCUUCCAUUUUUUGUGGCGGCACAUGUUCACCCUUUUAAUGACAUUACAAUUGUCCUGGCUGUGUUUUUGCUAGGAUUAAUCACAGGUUAUGUAGCCACAUCGAGCUUCAUCCUUGCACCAAACAUGUGCUCAGAAUACCAAAGAGAAGUUGCUGGCAUGGUAGCCGGAUUGAGUUCUAUCAUUGGACUUUGCGCAGGAUCAUACAACGGCCUCGUGCUGGAGGCAAUUGUUCGGAUCUGGACGCGAAACAAUUAG